UUAUGCAUUAUUGAUGAUGCCAAAGUGUAUACCCAACUUAACAUCCAUGCUGUGCAGGCUUAUGAAGAUUUAGUCGAUCAAAACCACAUGGCUCUGGAAUUUUCUUCAUUUUCUGAUGGAAAAGAAGCUGUAACCAAAGCAGCUAACUUACUUUUUGUGAAGUAUUUGGAGUUGGCCAAAUCAGUUGGAGAUCAUGAAGAGAAAAUCUUUACAGAACCUAACAUGGAUGAGGCACUAAAAGCUAUUAGUUGUAGAGGGCCAGACCCUGACCUCCUAUUGGUUUACGGACCUGCAAGAUGCCACCUUGGUUUCCCUGCAUGGAGAAUUCGAUAUACUGAGAUUGUACAUAUGGGAGAAUUGAAGUCUAUGAGAUAUGGUUCCCUAAUUAAAGCCAUCUACGGGUUCACCACUGUGCGCCAGAACUAUGGUAAGUGAUGUUCCUUUUCAUUUGUCUAAUUGUCAUCUCUUGUAAUA